GUCCAAGCACCACCACCACUACCUAUGGAACCACAAUGACGACUCUUCCUGGCAUAACAACCAGUAGAAGCUUUACGACGCCAACUACACCUGAGAUCACAGCCACUUCCGGAUUCACUACGCUGAUGACAACAGGGACAACAAUUACGACAACUCCUCAUUUCACAACCCUUCCAACAUUUACAACAACUUGUGUGGACUAUGAAAUGUAUACCCUUGUUUACUCGACAUCAAGUUCUGUAUCUGGAGCGACACCAGCAGGUGGGUUGACCACAGCUGCCCCGGCCACAACACCUCUGUACAUCCCGACAACACCGCCCCCGUCACCCUGCACGGACUCUCAGUUCACCUGCCUGUCAGGAGAGUGUUUGAGUAGCAGCCAGGUUUGUGACGGCACAGCCCACUGUACCGACGGCUCAGACGAAGACAACUGCGUUGACUGCAUCCACGGGCAGUGGGGAAGUUGGAGUGACUGUUCGCUGACGUGCGGCCAGGGCGUGGCCACCAGAAACCGCGGCAUCGCACAGCCGGCACAGACAGGCGGUGCGGAGUGUUCGGGACCCUUCACGGAGAGCAAGAACUGCUUCACUUCUGCUUGUCCAGUUGAUGGCGGUUGGUCUCAGUGGUCCCCAUGGAGCAACUGUGACGCGGCUUGUGAUUUUGGUGUCAUUCACAGAUACAGAAACUGUACGGAUCCACCACCCAAGAAUGGAGGCAACAUCUGCAAUGGUUCUUACCAUGAGACCGACAUGUGCAUCAAUGAGCCAUGUGGACCAGAUUGUCUUGAGAAGGAGUCUGUAACAACUGAAGACUGUCUUGCUGGCUUCGACCCCUGCUCGAGAAGCUGCCAGGGCCUCAGCAACGAGGUGACUUGCCAGCUGACUUGUCAAGAAGGUUGUUACUGUGCUGAGGGAACGUACAGUCAGAAUGGAGAGUGUGUGACUGCAGCGGAGUGCAAAUGUCUCUACAAUGGACAGGAGUACGAACCUGGCCAAAAUAUCACCAGUGACUGCAACACAUGUGUUUGUGAGAACGGAUACAUGACCUGUACUGAUGAAGAGUGUGCUGUGGACUGCGGCUGGUCCCUUUGGAGCAUCUGGACUCCAUGUGACAAGACGUGCGGAGCUGGCAUUCAGCAGAGAUACAGGUCUGGAAGUAACCCCUCUGCCAGCAACGGCGGACUGCCAUGUGAAGGCAACACUGUGGACACAAAGGACUGUUUUGUUGCUACCUGUCCAGGUACACCAGCUCACUGGGGUGAGUGGGCUCCGUGGUCUGCCUGCACGGCCACCUGUGACAGUGGACAGAGGAUCCGGACCAGGAGCUGUAUCCGGUACGAGGACACCCCGGUCACUUCCAACUGUCCCGGCAACAGCGCAGAGACCACCUCCUGUAACCUCCAGGACUGCCAGGGUACAGAGUGUUUGGAUGACAAGGUGUGGAAGGAGUGUGGGAACUGCCCCAGGACAUGUCUGGACCUGCAGCAGGGUGUGACCUGUGAGGAGGACUGUGUACCCGGCUGCUACUGCCCCGACGGAUCCGUCCUGCAGGAUGGACUUUGUGUCUCCUAUGCAGAAUGUCGCUGCACUGUCAACAUCAACGGUGAAGUUGAGGAAGUGCAACCAGGCGAGACUAUAAUAAAAAAUGAGUGUGAGAACUGCACCUGUGAAAAUUCUCAACUUGUCUGUGAGGUAGCCAACUGCUCUGUUCAUGGUGAAUGGAGUCCAUGGACUCCCUGGUCUACCUGCACGGCAACCUGUAUCUCUGAGGAUGGCAGUGUACCAUACCAAAUCAGACACCGGGAGUGCAACAACCCAGCUCCAGCAGGAUAUGGGGAGUACUGUGACGGACAGGACAGCCAGAUCCAGAACUGUGGAACAUACAGAUGCCCGAUUGAUGGCGAGUGGUCUCCUUGGGGCCCGUGGUCUGGUUGUGAAGACCCGUGUGUGGACGGUUCUCAGUACCGGUUCCGUACAUGCAGCAACCCCGCUCCGCAGUACGACGGCGCCGAUUGUGAGGGCAACACCCUCGUGCAGACCAAGGAGUGUGACGAGCCCUGCACCCCAGAGGAGUGCCCCUACACAAGCACAUGGGUCUCUGCAGAGGACUGUGGAAACUCCUGUCCACGUACCUGCGCCGAGCUCAGUGCACAGGUGAUGUGUGACACCACAGAGUGUACAGGCUACUGCCGAUGUGAUGGGGACAAGUUCUUCCAGGACGGGGAGUGUGUCGUACCGGAGGAGUGUCUGUGUCUCUACGAUGGCGAGUUCUACGAGCCCGGCCAGACAUACUCAGUCAACGACUGCCAGAACUGCACCUGCAUCAAUGGAAACAUGGACUGCACCGAGUACAACUGCCCAAUUGACGGGAACUGGUCACCAUGGUCAGAGUGGAGCGAGUGUUCAGAGCCGUGCGAUGGAGGCAUCCGCAGGAAGUACCGUAACUGUAACAGCCCUGCUCCUCACUUUGGAGGCAAGCUGUGUGAAGGCCCUGAGAUUGAGACUUCUGUCUGCAACACACAGUGCUGUGAUGCUCCUGGGCCGAACUGGAGUGAGUGGUCCCAGUGGACCGUGUGCACGUCCUCUUGCGAGUCUGGCGUGCAGAACCGUUUCCGCUGCUGUAAUGACAGCAUGCCGUUCUCCAACUGUACCGGGGAGAGCACCGAGGAGAGGCUCUGUAACACUGGAGAGUGUAUCUAUGACGGAAACUGGAGCCCGUGGGGUCCGUGGUCAGAGUGCACAGUAACGUGCGGCACGUCCCUCAUAGCUCGGUACCGUGGAUGUACUAACCCCCCUCCCACCAACGGCGGCAGCUACUGUGUGGGCCAGUCCAGUCAGGUCCAAACCUGCGGCAUGCCCAGUUGUGAAACAGAUACCGUGUGCGCCAACAUCAGCAUGUCGUACUAUGAUGAGUGCGGCCCUACCGGUCGACCCAAGACCUGCCAGGACCUGUACACCUACUUCUGGACUUGUGAGGCUGGCUGCUACUGCCCAGAGGGAUAUGUACUGAACGAGGAUAAGACUGCCUGUGUGGAACCAUCCGAGUGUUACUGCGUGGACGAGGAAACCGGUCUGAACUGGCCACCAGGUUAUGUCCUACAGAGGGGCUGCAACCAAUGUACCUGCUUGAUGGGACAGCUGACCUGUACAGACUUCCUAUGUACAGUUGACGGAAACUGGAGUCCCUGGUCACCGUGGACCAACUGUACCGUGGACUGUGGUUCCGGUGUUCAGUACCGACACAGGAGCUGUGAUGAUCCGCCGCCCGCAAAUGGCGGCCAGGCCUGUGCUGGGCUGGCAGUGGAGGAACUCAGCUGCAACGAGAACCCUUGCCCAGUGCAUGGUAACCCUGGCCCUUGGUCGUUCUGGUCGGCUUGCUCUGCGACCUGCGGGAUUGGAACCAAGACGCGGUCCCGACAGUGCAACAACCCCGCCCCCGCUAACGGUGGCGACCAGUGCUCUGAGUCGCUUUUCGAACAGGUGGACUGUAUGGAGACAGUGUGUGCAGCUAACAACUGUACAGGAGGGAAGCAGUACUAUGCCUGCCCCCAGGAGUGUCCCAGGACAUGUUACGAGCUGGAGCCUGAUGUGUGCAUCCACACCGGCUGCUGCAUCCCCGGCUGCUCCUGUCCACCCGGCAUGUACGAGAACGACGAGGGCAUCUGUGUGCUAGCAGAAGCCUGUCCAUGUCGCUGGAGCCUCCCUACUGACAGUGACGGACUCCCUGCCAACGGAGAGACGUACGACGCCAACACUGUCCUGCAGUUCGGCUGCAAAUAUUGUAAUUGCUUUGGUGGGCGCUGGAACUGCACAGCUGGAGAUGUGGUCACCCCAGGCUGGUCCUCCUGGACCCAGUGGUCUGCUUGUUCUGCCACAUGCAAUGGUGGUGAGAGGACAAGGACCAAGUCCUGCACCAACCCGCCCCCUAGCUGCGAGGCUGAGACCUGCAGCGGGACUGGAGAGGAGACCGAGCCAUGCAACGAACAACCGUGUCCAGGUAACCCCGCUUAA